CUGCGUCUGCGCCCGCGGAAGUGCGAAAACACCACGCAGCGUGUCGCCGCCACCCGACCGCCUCGCAGAUAAGUACUCUCGUCACACAAUUUUUUUUUUCUUCCUACUUGGGUGCGUGUCGCGCUGGUGUGUGUGUGCGCUCGUCUCGCGUGCCGCGGUGUGUCCGUCACGACGGCGGUCUUCGCCGUAAGUGGAGCACAGUAGUGGAGCUAGUGCGGCGACGACUGUAGCGCCGCGGGCGCCCGCGCGCUGCCAUACACACCGACGCACUCACACACGUGCACGCAGACACACACGGGUGCGCAAAAACGUGCGAGAGUGCUGGCGCCUGACGGACGUGGGAGCUCCGCGCAGCUGACUGCAAAAGCGCGUGGAAUGCCACGCACAUCUCCGUGCGCGCGCGAGUAACGCGCUGUGUGGAAUGAACAGGUGUGAAAAAACUUUUUCCAAGGUUCUUAAAACCUGUAUGGUGUGCAGUACCGGGGUUUGACAGUGAAGAAUAAUCUAAUGAACUGCUACGCUUAGGAGUUAUCUAACUUUCUGAUCAGUGACACUUUGUCCUUCGUGUCGAGAAAUGCUAAUGUUUUAUAUGGUUUGAAAUGAACACUGUGGUGGUAUCCAGCUGAAAGUGCGUGUGGCACGACCUCCAUUGGUCACUCUGUAAUGGUACACUCUUUUUCUGUAGAAGUGAUGUAAAGUGUCAUUUAACAUUCAUUUAGAGUAUUCAGCACCUGUUGACAAAUGUAGUGUGGCACGAGUUGACUUCCGUCCAUACGAUCUGAACUGUCGUACAAGGAAUGUAGAAAUGUGAAAAGUGCCUUGUAGGAUUGUCUAGAUUUGUAACCAUGCUGGGUACUUAGGCGUGGUUUCUGAGCGAGUACACUGUGACCAAAAUUUUUGAACUGUACUGGAUGUGUGACAUUUAGUAAUCCUGUGACGAGAUACGGUCACCGUUACAUCAGAGAGCGCAGAAAGGAAUGUGAUGCGUUUCCCGAUUCUGCCAGCGGCCAUCGGGGCGGAAGACAGUGACAGGCGCCGGAAGAGAGAGAAUGCCGGUGGGAGUUCCUCCGCGGCGAAGAGGUCGAGGAAGAGUCGCGCGGCCACGGUGUGGCCCCCCGACGACGCCGACGUAGACGACGACGACCCGGCGGCCAUCGACGCGACGAUGAGCCCUCUGGACGACUGCGCCGACAGCAGCAGCUCCUGCGACAUCGUCGGCGUCGGCAUGCUGGGCGCCAAGAGGCAGGGGGCGCCGUCGUCGCCGCUCACCGGCGACGAUGACGAGGACGACGACGACAGCAAGCAGCCGGUCGACAGCUUCUCGUCGCUCAUGGACGACGAGGACGCCGGCGCCGCGGGGCACGGCGGCGCCGCCAACGGGCCGGGCGCCGAUGACCUGGGCUCCGACGGCGUCGGCGAUCCUGACGACGCGGAGGACCGGCUGACGGGGCACGGAGCGAUCGCGUCCAUCGGCUCGGUGGCGGCGGGCACGGGCGGCUCGUCGCCGUUCAGUGCUUCGCACCACCACCAUCACCACCACCACCACCGCGGCUCGGGGGCGGGCUCGGGCGGCGCCGGGGGCGGCGCGGGCGGCGCGGGCGGCGGCAUGACGCCCACGUCGCACCACCACGCCGCCGCCGCCGCCGCCGCCUCCGACUUCCAGCCGCCCUACUUCCCGCCGCCGUUCCCGCCCCCGCCGCCUGUCUCGCACCACGGCCACCACGCGCAAGGCCACGGCUCUCCGGGCGCAGGUGGCGGCGGCGCGGGCGGCGCGGGCAGCGGCGCGGGCCAGCUGGACUACCUCAACUCGGUGGCGGCGGCCGCGGCGGCGGACCCCUACUCGCAGACGCUCAGCUCGCUGCACCAGGCGCACCAUUACAACCAGCUGACCGCCGCCGCCGUGUCCGCGGGGCAGCGCGGCGCGCACGACGCCCUGCGGCGCUCCGACGCCGACGCCCUGCACGUGACCAACAUGCACGCGUCGUUCCCGUACGAGUCGAACCGCGCGGCGCGGGACUACGGCGUCCGGCGGCCCGACGUGCUCAUCCAGUCGCACCCGGGGCUCGACGGCCAGGACCCCCUGGUGCUGCACGGAGGACUCUCCGCCGUCGACGACCCGCAGAACACCAGCGUGGACGAUGGUGCCGUCUUCAUCAACGACCUGCCCCUGCUCAAGAGCAUGAAGCCGCGCAGCGAGGGCGGCAAAGACGUGGUGCUGUCGUCGGCGUCGGCGCCGUCGGACGUGUUCUGCAGCGUGCCGGGCCGGCUGUCGCUGCUGAGCUCCACCUCCAAGUACAAGGUCACCGUCGGCGAGGUCCAGCGCCGCCUCAGCCCGCCGGAGUGCCUCAACGCGUCGCUACUCGGCGGUGUGCUGCGCAGAGCCAAGUCGAAGAACGGCGGCCGCCUUCUACGGGAGAAGCUGGAGAAGAUCGGGCUGAACCUGCCGGCUGGCCGCCGGAAAGCUGCCAACGUCACUCUCCUCACGUCCCUUGUUGAAGGAGAGGCAAUCCACUUGGCGCGGGACUUUGGCUACGUCUGCGAGACUGAGUUCCCCGCACGGCAGGUGGCGGAGUACCUGAGCCGGCAACACACGGACCCCAGCGAGUCCUACCGCCGCAAGGAGCUCAUACAUGCCACCAAGCAGAUCACCAAAGAGCUUAUGGACCUGCUGAACCAGGACCGUUCACCACUGUGCAAUACCCGACCACAACAUAUCUUGGAUCCCAGUAUCCAACGUCACCUGACACACUUCUCGCUUAUAUCUCAUGGAUUUGGCAGUCCAGCGAUUGUUGCUGCCCUCACCGCUAUACAGAAUUUUUUGACUGAGUCAUUAAAGCACCUGGAGAAGAUGUACCCAUCAACCAACAAUAAUGGCGGAUCACACAUAUCAGUGAGCUCUUCCCAACAACAAGGCGGUGGCAUGGAUUCAAAGCCGAAGGAACUCAGUGAUAUGAAGAAGUGAGGCUGGCUACGACGGGCUGCGGGAACCACCAAUCAUUCGUGGCCCUUCAAUUGACACUGUGGUCUAGGUCCCUUUCCAGUACUUAAUGCAAAUCUUUCUUUAUUAAUUAUGUGAAAAGAAUGUAAAAAGAAUAAGGUCACAAGAACAGAACUGUUGGACUUUUCAUCAUUGUGAAGUGGUUACUUGUGGCUAUGAACAAUUCUAAUGGAUACUUUCUCGAAAAAUGUUGCAUUUCAUUUUGUGAUCAUUCUUAGCUGUUAGACAGAGGGUGCCUCAGCUUCACAAACUGGAAUAAGUGGCAGCAGUUCUACUGGUACAGUAAUGAUUACCAUCAACAUUCUGGGGAUUCAUCAAUAUGACAUUUAACAUAUCAGUGUCAUACAGCAGAAAGAAGGUAGCUUCUCAUAUAAUGAGAAAUGAAACCUGGUCAAGAUUGCAGACUCCAGGAUUUCAGAGUCUUCAUUUUAACAUAAAUUUACAAACAAAAAUUAAGAAGGCUUGUUCCUUUCUAUGUGUGCUAAAAUACAAAAUUAUUCAUUGACAUUUUAGCAAUAACUUUUGUCCAUGCAUUGUGAGUCAAGUAAUUGCAGCAUUUCACUUGGAUCUUUGGCUUGUUUUCUGUACAACUAACACUAAAUGUGUUGGUAAAGCCUUCUUUGGAAUGCUACUUUAUUCAAACUUAUACACAUUGCUUUUCUUCUCUUGAUUGUUGUUAAUUAAGAAUAUAAGAAACAAAAACUGAUGUAUAUCAAUAUCAGACUCAAAUUAUGUCUGUAAUAAGCAUAUCUCAUCUCACAGUCAAACAACACACUCUGUAGGGCAAUACCUGCAGAAAAAUAAAUGUCUGGUAUUAAAUUUAAUUCAUCCUGAUUUCGUGUGAAUACAGAGUUUUGCCAAUGAUCAGCAAUAAGGGUGUUAACUCCAUAAAGCACAGUUUCAGUAAACAAGUGUAAUUGAAUUUAAUAUUCAUUGUGGGGAACAAAGCGGCCUAUAAAGUAAUUAAGCUGUCUUGUUAUUUCUGGUUCAGGUAUAUACAUACAUUCCAAAUAAUGACAAAGAGCUGUAUGAUCAUCUGCAAGCCUAGACAUGAUACAGAGACUGUAAAUGUUAGUAUGACACCUUAGUCUAACAAACACCCUCCACAAAUAUUUCAACGUGCCAAAAUUUAGUGCAGAUUUUCUGACCUACAAUUCGUAACUAUUUCUAAGAUUCUCAAUAUUGUUGCAACAAAUUUUGUAUUAGUAUUUAAAUAUGAUUUGUUUUUAUAUAAAUAAUUAGUUAAUAGUUUAUGAUGUGUGUGUAUGCAUAGGUGUGAAUGUGUAGUGUGUAAAAAAAGUGUAAAAAUUGUUUUUCAUAAUGAUGUAACAACACCUGCAUGCUGUACAAGAGAAUUCUCAAGGUGAUACUAUUGUUCAGUGAAAUUUAAAUGUGAAUUUAUAAAUUAAAAUGUCUUAUAAUUUCUAA